UCCAUCUCAAGAUUCUCAACUGUAUUUUGUUUCUGGGUGUUCUUUGAGCUUCUUUUACAUGGAAUCGCCCUUCUCUCAAUCCAUUAAGGCCGCAAAAAGCGAAAGAUUUUUCCUUUAAUCGCCCUCUCCCUUUCUAUUCAUAAAGCACCUUUAAUUCAAUGGUGGCUCUUCACUUUACCCCCCAACCCUUCCCGAUUUCCACCUCCCUUUACCUCUUCUCUAUUUGUUUCUUUUCUUCUUUUUCUUUCUCCUUGAUCUCUUUUUCAUCACCUGCAUUCUCUCGCUAGCCUUAUCUUUAUAAUCCCUUUCGCCCUUUUGAAAUUUGGGUUUUCAAUUCGGUAGCCUAAAUCCACAGAGCGAGAGAAAGAAAAGUUUUUUGUUUUUUUCUUUUUUCUAAUAAAAAAGCUAAGCUCUGGCAAUGGAAGAGCCAGGGCAAUUAAAAAGGGCAUUACUUGAUGCUAGUGCAGGCGCCAUUGCUGGUGGCAUUUCCCGGACGGUUACUUCUCCUCUUGAUGUUAUUAAGAUAAGAUUCCAGGUUCAAUUGGAGCCAACAGCUUCUUGGGCUUUGAUUCGGAGAGAUCUUUCCGGAUCAUCAAAAUACACUGGAAUGUUUCAAGCAACAAAGGAGAUAUUCAGGGAAGAGGGUUUACCGGGUUUUUGGCGUGGUAAUGUCCCAGCUUUACUUAUGGUUAUGCCAUAUACUGCCAUACAAUUUGCAGUUCUACACAAAUUGAAAACAUUUGUUUCUGGUUCUUCCAAGACAGCUGAUCACAUUAAUUUAAGCCCCUACCUUUCUUACAUCAGCGGUGCCUUAGCAGGGUGUGCAGCUACUCUUGGAUCUUAUCCUUUUGAUCUUCUGCGGACUAUAUUAGCUUCACAAGGUGAACCUAAGAUUUAUCCCAACAUGAGAUCAGCAACUUUUGAUAUACUUAGAACUCGUGGCUUCAGAGGAUUGUAUGCUGGGUUGUCACCAACACUGGUUGAGAUCAUUCCUUAUGCUGGCUUGCAAUUUGGAACAUAUGAUACGUUUAAGCGUUGGUGCAUGGCUUGGAACAACUUGAGAUCUUCCAGUAUAAGCUCAACCACGGGUGAUAGCCUUUCAAGUUUUCAACUUUUCAUUUGUGGCCUAGCAGCUGGCACAUGUGCAAAACUCGUAUGUCAUCCGCUUGAUGUAGUCAAGAAAAGAUUCCAGAUUGAAGGACUACAGCGGCACCCAAAGUACGGUGCUCGAGUAGAACAGCGUGCUUAUAGGAACUUGUUUGAUGCCUUACAUCGGAUUUUGAAGUCAGAGGGUUGGCAUGGUCUUUAUAAGGGAAUUGUUCCAUCAACAAUCAAAGCUGCACCAGCUGGUGCUGUAACAUUUGUGGCUUACGAGUUUACAUCAGAUUGGUUAGAGUCCAUUUUUACUUCAACCUAACCCAGAUUUCCAUUUUUAUUUUCCUUCUCAUCUAUUACAUAAUUCAUUCUUUUCCCUGGAUUUUUGAAAGGCCCUCUUAGAAUAAGGGGAAAAAAGAGAGGGAAGGGAGGUAUCCUGUUAUUACAUUCAAUUUUGUCAUCAUUCAUAAGCAUUGAGUACGUAUGAUUUAGAGUAUAAAAUUCAGUGGUGAAAUCAAUAUGUAGAGUUGCUUCUUA